UCAUUUGUGAUUUCGCUGAGAUUUGAACGCAAUUGAAAAGUAUAACGCAUAUAUAAAAUACUCUUACAUACUUGUAUAUGCAUAUAGAGUACCGUUACAUACGCACGUGUGCAUGCGAAUUCAAUGAGAUUUAAAGGACAAAACUCUAUGCGGUGCGGCGACAGUGACUCGAACGUUCAUCAUUAAAUGCAAAACAUUGAUUUAGUCAUCUUUGGUUGUUGGCCAGAAACGGACGGCCAUGACGCGACGUAAACGAGGUUACUUGUAAUUUCAAGCUACAUGAAAUGACGAGGCUUUUCAAUGUUUUUUGCGACCAAUGAAAUGAUAACUGGAAUGAUGUCAUUUUAUUGUCAAAUUAAUGGAAAAUAAAACAACAAAAUAUAAAGAAAAAAACAAAUAAAAAUAAAGAAAUGCAAGAAAAUGAAUUAAGUAAAAUUAUAAAAAUGAAUGCUUGCAUUAAUUCCCUUUGAAUGGAAUAUUUAUGGAGAGGAAAAAGUGCUAAUAUUUUAAGUAAUCAAGUAAAAUCCUUACAGCCCAAAGGAUUAAUGUGAAAUGUAAUCCAGCCCAGCCCUGCAACAAUUGUGCAUAGAAUUUUAAAUAAAAAAACAAAAGAAAAAAAAAAAACUUUUAAGCACAAUUUUAUAAGUAGAACAUGUACAAGAUUGCCAUUAUACACAGUCAUCAUUACCCACAUCAUCAUUAUCGUAGUGGAUUAUUUUAGAUAAUAGACAGCCGUACGUAAUUUGCACCCAUAGCAACAACAACAGCAGCAGCAGCAGCAGCAGUUUUAUAAUACUGCCAACCAUGGAUUUAUUAACACUUUUAUUGUGUUUCCUCCUUACGCCAAAGUAUGUUGCGGUAUGGGGACAGGAAAGUGGCAAUGUAAACCCAAACAGCAGUAGCAACGGUAGCGGGAAAGAUAACGGUGCUAACGGUGGCAAUACUAGCGGCAACAGCAAUAGCAACAGCUUGUUAAAACUGAGACCAUCCACGCCAUCCAUAACGCAUUUUGUAAACGAUUCUUUUAUAAUUUUUUGCACAACAAUAACACAAAAGGAUAUCGACAUAAAAUGGAAAGAUUCCAGUGGUGCGGCUCGUGAAAAUACAAAAGGCCGGGUGCACAUUGAAAAGAAAGCCGGUCUUUUAGCGUUGGUGUUCGAGCACAUUGCUCUGGCAGAUAAAGGCAAUUGGACCUGCGAGGCCCUUAGCAAAGAAACCAGAAAAAAAGAAAGAAAAUCCUUUGAACUGCUCGUAAAUCAGAAAAUAUCUUUUGACAGCACUGAGAUGGUGCAGUCGGCUCGAGAAGGCCGUGAUGCUACUGUCUAUUGUUUGGUUAAAGGCGAUCCAUCACCAGAGAUUUCUUGGCUCUUCAAUGGAGAAUACAUAAAUACAGCCAACUCGAGUAAACAUAAAAAACUGUCGGAUGGUCUUUUUAUCAAAAAUGUAACACAACAGGACGCCGGCGAGUAUACGUGCCGGGCAAUGCGUAUAACACCAACAUUUUCGGACUCCGAUCAGAUAACGAUACUGCUGAGAAUACAACAUAAACCGCACUGGUUUGAUAACGAUACCGCUUUACUGCAGUAUUCCUUUGUGGGUGGAAGUGUAAAUAUCUCAUGCGAUGCAAUGGGUGAACCGCCGCCAUCCUUUACGUGGUUACAUGAUGGACACGGGAUAAGCGGCAGCAACUAUCGUUGGUUUUAUGCCGAUUACGGUUCAACGCUGCAGAUACACGUACGUAAUGACAGUCAUUUCGGUGACUAUAAAUGCAAAGUAGCAAAUCCGUUAGGCAUACUCGAACGAAUUAUUAAAUUGCGUAAAGGCCAAAAACCGAUAGGGCCUUCAAGGUUUCAAUUAAAGCGAGCUUUCACCGACGGCUUGGAGCUGGAUAUACGUUCAGUGAAAUUCUCUAGUGUACCGGAUAAUAUGCAAACAAUUGGUUAUCGGGUAGAGUAUAUGAGUGAAAAUGAAUUCAAGUAUUGUGCCGGCAAUUGGAGUUAUGCCAAACGAAGAGAUUUCCUUUUCCACAGAGAUGGACGACGUUUCGUGGUAACACGUUUACAAACAAACACGACGUAUUUAAUGCGUGCUGCCUCACUUAAUCUGGCCGGCCUCAGUGAUUGGAGUUCGGUGAAAAUCUUUGCCACCCUUACGAAUUUAGCCAGCCAUACCGUGGCACAAAACUUCAUUAUCAUUAUAGCGUUAGGUUUAAUCUCGUCUGCAUCGUACACGAAGUAUUUGUAAGUUUUCGUAGAAAUUUUUCAACGUAACUAACUUUAAAUAAAUUAGAAAACAAUUAGAAACCAUUGAAAAAAACACAUACACUAAAAAAAAAAAAAAGAAAAUACAGAAGAAAACAUAAAAGCCAAGCUUUUCUAACGAAAUAACUUUAGAACCGAAAUUAUUGUUAAAAUUUUUUGUUUUUUGUACAAAAAAGAAAAAACAAGAAAAACAUAUUACACUUAUCCACACAUUGCAUUGUUGUAUAUGUUAAGUAAAUUGCAUUUAUUUUCAGGUACCUGACUUAAGUUGCAUGAAAAUUGUGCAAUAAAAAAAAAAAAAAAAAAUUCUAUAUAUAUAUAUUAGAUUUUCUUUAUUUAUUUAUAUACAUAUUCUGUGAUAGUUUGCAAGUGCAAUUUGUUUAUUUUUUAUUUUGUCAGAAAAGUACCGGGAAUUAUAGUGCAAUGUGUUUCUAAAAUGCAGUAAGAUUUUGAAGAUAUAGAAGCGUAAAAGAGUAGAGCCGUUCGAGGCUUUCUUUACGAACAAUCACUGCUCGCGCAGUUCAAAUGUCACAGUUGCGAUGAGUUCAGUCACUCAUAUGUGAAUCGCAUAACAGUUACAAAUUUGUCACACAUCUACUAAACUGCUGCCACUCCCUGUCUCCUUCUCUUACUGCACUUCCUUCUGAAAAUUGCACGUAUACAAGACAUGCUCUGAACGAUGGGUAUUUAAA